AUGCAGCUCGUAAACCGAGGCCAUCGGAGUAGCAGCACGGUCGGCGCCGAUGGCCACCAGCUGCCACCGGCGGCGACGACCGGCUCGGGGGACAUUGCACUGAUGCGAUGGCCAUCGCACGGAUUCACGGCCAUCCCGGUCGAGCCGGACGAUAGCGUCUCCACCGGCAGCUCGUCGGCGGACGAUGGGUCGCUCGUGGGAACCACCCGCCGCCCGUCCGCCGCAGCCACGGCAUCCGCAUCCCUCGACGAUCGCUCCAUUCCCGGGAACCGCUGGCGGCGAGCGACACCGCCGGUCAGCCAACACCACCAGCAAGGGCACCGGCGGUCGAAACAGCAGCGGCAUAGCGAUGCGUCGCCGUCGGUCACUGCGCCGCCGUCGCCACCGCUCGUGGCCGCCUCGUCGACCUCCUGCCUGCGCGAAUGUCUGCUGUGUCGGUGCUGUCGAAGCGGUCAGUAUAUGGACGAGCAGAAGGAGGCCAGCGAUCAGGAGGAAGGAAACUACGAGUACUGUGAGCUGGAGGAGAUCGUGUCCCCGCCGAAGUACCGACCGGAGUCGAUAGCGGCCCUGUGCGAGGCGACACGCUUCACCGAGGCGGAAAUCAAGCGGAUCUACCGGGGCUUCAAGGCAGAAUGUCCGGCCGGCAUCAUCCGGGAGGAAACGUUCAAAUUCAUCUACUCACAGUUUUUCCCUCAAGGAGCGAAUACAGGACUUUAUGCACACUACGUGUUCAACACUUUAGACAAGGAACAUACAGGCAUUCUUAGUUUUGAGAACUUUGUGCAGGGCCUUUCGAUACUCUCGCGGGGUACGCUCGAGGAGAAACUGUGCUGGACCUUCUCGCUGUACGACAUCAACCACGACGGGAAGAUCACGCGCGAAGAAAUGACGGACAUCGUGACGGCCAUCUACGAGCUGAUGGGAGCCCGCGACGACGGAGGCACCGACGAGGUGAACAUCAAGAGCAAAGUGGACAACAUCUUUCAGAAAAUGGAUACCAACGGCGACGGAGUGAUAACGAUCGAAGAGUUCCUGGACUGCUGCCGGAAGGAUCAGCUCAUCUCGAGCUCGAUGGGCGUGUUCGACUCGACCAUAUGACCUCUGGAGAAGUUCCACUCGCUGCCGGACUACGUGCUCGAGCGGCGGGGUAGCGACGGCGGAGAAGACUCGGAGGCGGACACCCCGGACCGGAAGGGGGACAGCAG